AUGUUAUCUUUAUCAAAAUCUUUAUCAUUUAUAUCAAAUAGAUCUUAUUUAAAAAACAUAAAUAUAUAUAAAUCAAUAUCAUAUACAUCUAGUAUAGGUAUUAGUAAUAGUAGGAAUUAUAGUAGUAGUAAUAGUAAUAAUAAUAAUAAUAUAGAAGAAGAUUUAGAAUUUGCAAAAAAUCAAUGGAAUUUAGAAAAGAAUAAAAAGAAACAGAAUUUACAUUUAAAUAAAGUAUUGAAGGAUUUGAAAAAUAAUGAUAGUGAAAUCAAUCAGCUGAUUGGAAAUAAUAGUGGUAGUUUCAAUGAUGAUAUGGAAACAGGUAGACCAAAGAAAAAGAUGACCAAUACAAAUAAAUUACAGCAACAACAGCAACAAAGAGAAAAGAUUGAAUUCAAAAGAGUUGAUAAUAGUGAUAUGAUGGAAAGUUUGGAGGUUGAUCGUGUACCACGUGGUAACAGACCACAACAGUUUGCUGGCAGUAGUGAGCAAGAGAGAAGAGAUACGAAGGAUCCUGCAUACUACCGUGAGAUUGCACCGGGCAUCGCAGUGAAUCCUUCGCUCUCAAAGAUAAACAAGCAACAGACCGUGGUUUCAUCGACAACCGGUGAUUCCGAGGUGGAAAAUGCAAAGCGACUGGCAACGGAACUCGGACUUGACUAUUUACCGUUGAAUCAGGUUGAGUCGUUGCCAGAGCAAUUCUUUGGUUACCAACUGGUGUUGUGUGUCACACCGAGCGCCACCACGUUGAACGACACUGAGAUGUUUGAAGCAAAGAGUGGAAAGAUCAAGCGGAAACUAAAGUGUGAGGUAUCAGUGGAUUUCACUGCUGGUCAACUGCAAUUCAAAACUGAACACAAGACAUACGCGAAAUCACCGAUGAUUCGUGCACUGCGGCUGAGUGGCGGAUCGAUGCCCAAGACGGUGCUCGACGUCACCGGUGGACUUGGAAAAGACAGCUGGAUUAUUGCGUCAUUUGGCAGCGCUGUGACAAUGGUCGAACGUAAUCCAAUUCUCCACUAUCUCGUUAGCCAAGCACUGGAGAAAGCGAAACUCGAUGAGAAUACUCGCGAGAUAGCUGAGCGUAUCACCCUGGUAAAGUCGGAUUCCAUCGAGUAUCUGGUGUCGGUAAUCAAUCGUGAGCCAGAACUGCAACCCGAUGCCAUCUACAUGGAUCCAAUGUAUCAGUCGCGCGAGGACGACGAGAAAGCAGCACUCUCCAAGAAGGAUAUCAGAGCGAUAAGAAAGUUGGUUGGUGGUGACCGUGAGUCGAAACUCUUAUUUGCCUUGUCAAAGCGUAUUGCACAACAGCGAAUCGUUUGGAAGAAACCAAAACGUGUAUUGCCAGUGGUGGGUAUCGACACUUCCUACCGUUCUAGAGACACCCGAUUCGACGUUUAUUUAACUUCCACCAAGAAAUUGAAUUUCAGUAAACCACCACCCACACAAGAAAAGGACGAUCAAUCACUUGAUCACCAAUAA